AUGCUUUUCUCUCGUGGACUCCAGAUUGAUCUCAGUCCCUUCAUGGAUGUGUACUGGCCUGUUCGCAUGCUGUGGCCACAGGUCAGACCUCUGCUCUACCAGCAGGAUCUCCUACAGAGAAACCUGAAGGAGCUACGCAGCAGUGUGGAGCUCAUGGAUAAACUUCAGCACAAGAUCCUGGAGGAGACAGAGCCUUUUAGAACAGCCCUGAAGCCAGCGUCCUUCCAGCUGCAGAAACAUGGAGAGCACUUUGGCCUGACGCUGGACACUCAAGGCUUUUCCCCCGAUGAGCUGUCCGUCAGGCAGGUGGGCAGGAAGAUGAGAGUCAGCGGGAAGACAGAGAAGAAACAGGAGGAUGAGAACGGGUUUCGCUCUUACAGAAUCCAGGAGUUCAAACAGGAGUUUAACCUGCCUGAAGAUGUGAACCCUGAAGACGUCACCUGCUACCUGGAUCCAGAUGGGAAGCUCCACAUCAAAGCAGCCAGAGCUCAGUGUGUGGAGAAGGCUGAGAAAGAGCUGAUCAUCAAGAGGAACCUGGAGGAGAAAACACAGCAGAGUGUGUGUUCACAGGAAGAAAGCAGUGGCACAAAGACACACAACAGCCCACAGGAGAAACAUGAAAAUAUGGACUGAUAUGCAUGUUCUGGUGCCAAUGUUGAUUAUCUGUUAAAUUAAAGUGUUCAAUGAUGAUCACAUGUAGAUUCUGUACAUGUGUGUUCAAUCAGCAUUUUCAAUAAAUAUAUUAAAAUUUUGGCUUUUUCCUUGGAUUUUUCAUUAACACAAUUUUGUCAUUUCCUGUUUAAGUUAUGAAUCUCAUUUUCUUUUAGCCAGGGUUCUUAUAGUGUUGGAUAAAGUGUUGCAGUAAAUUUCUUCUGUAUUUGUGUUUUUUUUUAUCAGAAAAUUCAAAAUUUUAAAGGAUAAAAAUUUCUCACUAUCCAUUAAAGCUGAGUACAAACUUUACUGCCUUUCCCCUCCAAUACAUCUUAGAUCACUCAACUAUAAAAGUACUUUGUUACAGACUAUGAAUAAAACUGAAAAAAAAUAUUUCUGUGAUCAUUUGUGCAUUCAUAGAACAAGGGCAAUAAGACCAGAGGAUUUAAAAACAAAACAACAACAACAAAGAUAUACAUUUACUAUCCGUCUUUGGGAUAUUAAGUAAUGCACGGCUUAGUGGGUAGAACGGCCGUCUUGCAACCGGAGGAUUGCCGGUUCGAUCCUAGGCUCGUCGUGUUGAUGGUGUCCCUGAGCAAGACACCUGACCCCUAAUUGCUCCUGGUGGGUUGUGGUUAGCCUUGCGGGACAGCUUCCGCCACCAGUGUGUGACUGUGUGUGUGAAGUGUGUGAAUGGGUGCAAAAAAAAAAAAAAAAAAAAAAAAGUCUGAUUCUGAUAUGGGACAAAAAAAGUUCAAGGCAAUCAGUAAGUCAAACAAAUGAAAUGAAUGUUUUUUUCUGGAGCUGUAUUACUCGCAUCAUGUUGUAAAGGAUGUUGAA